ACUCAUCGUGGUAAAUGUAAACGGUUGAGUUUGUAGGUUAGAGUUUGUAAGUGAGCCUUUCACAGCAAAUGUAUUGCAUUGUUUUCAUUUACUAGCUAACGUUAAAUGUACAGGAUACACCGACAUUUUAUGUGAAUAGCAUAAAGGUAAACACAAUGAUUUUGUCAAGGGCAGAGCAUGUUAUGCUGUCAGAUUCUUAAACCAGCCUCAUGAAACAGCACAUGAAACGUUUAUUAUCAGCAUCUUAAAGUUAUGCUUCCAUCCAUUUAUCGUGGGAUAUGGGGAGCUGCUGUCCACACACUAAGGACAAGUGUGUACCAUCUACUUAUCUACAGCAGAGGAACUCCACCUUGCAGAUUCUUAUCCACCUGCGAGGGAGUCCCGUUUGGACUGGCAGAUGCUGAGAGCAUCUUUGCCUUAUCAUCGGGCCAUGGCAGGUGUGGGGUGGCUGUGGUUCGAGCCAGUGGUCCCGCCUCAGCCACAGCUCUGAGAUGUAUGGCGGGGGUCUCACGCAGCCCUCCUCCUCCACGCACCGCUCUGUUACGCAGCAUCAGAGACCCCAUAUCAAAAGAAGUUCUGGACCGUGGACUUGUCUUCUGGUUCCCAGGUCCUCAUAGUUUUACAGGAGAGGACAGUGUGGAGUUCCACAUCCAUGGCGGCCCUGCUGUGAUUACUGCUGUCCUACAGGCUCUAGGAAGCGUGCCUGGCAUGAGGCCUGCUGAAGCUGGUGAGUUCACACGGAGGGCCUUUCAAGCAGGGAAACUGGAUUUAACAGAGGUGGAGGGGCUCGGCGAUCUGAUCCAUGCUGAGACGGAGGCUCAGAGACGACAGGCUCUGAGGCAGAUGUCAGGAGAGCUGGGACACCUCUAUCAGGACUGGACCCACAGACUGAAACGGUGUCUGGCUCACGUUGAGGCCUUCAUAGACUUCAGUGAAGACGAGCUAAUUGAGGACGGGGUCUUAAACCAAGUGGACCGAUGGGUGUGUGAUCUGCAGGCAGAGAUGGAGCGCCACUUAAAGGACGAGAGGAGGGGCGAGCGGUUACGCAGCGGAGUCCAGGUGGUCAUCGCAGGAGCCACCAAUGCAGGGAAAAGUAGCCUUCUGAACACACUCUGCCAGAGACCUGCAGCAAUUGUAUCUCCCAUCGCUGGCACCACCAGGGACAUAGUGGAGACGGCCCUGGACAUCGGGGGAUUCCCGGUCCUCUUGAGUGACACCGCCGGCCUCAGGGAGAGUCCCGACCUGGUGGAGAGGGAGGGGGUCCGCCGAGCUCGAGAGAGAGUGGAGCAGGCCGAUCUGACGCUGGUGGUAGCGGACUGUGCUGAUCUCCCCUCUGAUGCCCAGCAGGCUGCAGCCUUCCUCCAGGAGCACCUCAGGAGUGUCCUGCCCCCCCAGGAGCAGCCUGAGACGGUGUUUCCUGCAGACAGGUUGCUCCUGGUGCUGAACAAAAUGGACCUGCUGCCUGAGGAGCAGAGGCUUGAGCUCGACGGGGAGCUGAGACGAGUCUCUGGAUUCCCUCCUGUCUGUCUGAUCUCCUGCCACACUAAGGAAGGAGUGCACGACUUCCUCACAGUGCUGCACAGCAGUGUUAAAACUCUGUGUGGCGACCCUCUGUCUGGUGCCCCCACCCUGACCCAGGCCCGCCACAGGGCCCACCUGCAGCAGUGUUUUUCGGCCAUGGCUCAGUACCAGCGGUACCGGGACCUGGACCUGGCUCUAGCAGCCGAAGGUGUCCGCCUGGCUCUCACCAGCCUGGGCCGGAUCACUGGACGUGUCGGGGCAGAGGAGAUCCUAGAUAUCAUCUUCAAAGACUUCUGCAUUGGAAAAUGAGCAGACGAGUGUCAGCGAAAACAUGAAGUAUGACUCUGCUCAGAGAGGAAGGCUGCAUUCUUGCCUAGUCCCAGAGUAACAGUAAAGAAAACAAGAUAAAAAAAGAGCAGGGUCAUUUUGCUCCCAAGACACAGAAAUCUUUGUUUUAUGUUAAUGCUCUGCAAAAGACUGAAAUAGUUUUAACGUGAUGACAGGUGCCUCUGAGGCCCCAUGUGCUGGCCAAGUGUUUGGCAAGUCUUGAGUCAUAAUGUAAAAUUAGUUCUUGAAAGCUUUUGAUAGGUGAACAUUGGGCUCUUGGGCCGCAACAUUACAGCCAAGAUUCUUUCAGUAAAACAAGCCCGCUGCAGACCUGUGAGAGGUCAUGGACUCAAACUGUGGAUGUUUACUUGAACUGCAAGACAAUGCAUUUAUUUUUCUUUUGGGUGGGGUGGGGGGGGAGGCAUUCUAACAAUUAAAAUGUACUGUUUGUUAUUUAUUUACAUUUUAAAGUUUAUUUCAUUUUCAAAGAAAUUAGUAAGGCUAUUUAAGAUUUGGACAGCAGUUAUUUCAUACAAAAUAAACACGUGUCACAUUGGGUCUUGAUGUGUAGUAGGGGGAUAAUAAUAAAUCAAAUUUUAUUUCAUAAAUCAAAAAGAGAAACAGAAAAAAUCUUAUAAUAAAUACAUAAGAUUAUCUUUAAACCUGCAUUCAUUUCAGAAUGUUGACACAUGUAGUGUAACAACUGAUUGAUUUGGUGAGUUCUAAAUCCUACAUAAAGCACAUCAUAAUGUAUACAGCAUUUGGGUCGGUGUGGCCCCGCCCGCUCCCCUCUCUGCUCUGUGGGAAGGGGACGUUUUUGGAGGCAAUGCUUUUGGUGCCCUUUGUUCCCCUGUCAAUCUGAGCCCCAUCAAAUAUUUAUGUUUCCUCGUUGAACUUCCCACCCUUCUUCCCCAGGCGGUUUCUUCUCUGACGACAGUUGCCCUGCUGUACUUCAGCAUGGCUGCCCGUCUUGCUACUUUUUUGUCUCUCUCCACUUUGUCUCGGCUACCUGACCUUUCCUCUUUCCGCACUGUCCUGUCAGCCUUUUGGUCCUCUUUCAUGUUCCCCCUGAUUAAUCACCACACCGGGGGAGUUGAAGCUAAAAGCAGGACUUGCUGUCGUACAAAUUAGAGGCAGUAAAUUGUGGAGCCUGGUUUGUCUUUGAAGUCGUGCCUGUGUGACAUUUCUUUACCACAGAUGUGAAAAAAUUUGUUUACCAAUGCCUUGGGUUUCUACUGUAUUUUCAUACCAAAACAAUACUUAUUUUGAUACCUUAUUUUCAGAAAAUGAUUGUGAUUGGUCUACAACUUUAAGUUUUGAAAUGUAUUAACAAUAUUAUAUGGACUGCCAGGAAGUUUUUUUUAACAGUCAUGGUCCCCAGAGGAUGUCUCCUAAAGGCUUUGGUGAGUCAAAUUUAUGAUUUAUAAGUAUUGAACGGGUUGCCAUUAUAUUUACUACGGAUGAUGAUAUGCACAUCACAACCGUCCAGUUGUCCAAUACUACAAACCUAAUGACACUCCGACAAUAAGGACCCGCCUCAACUCUACUUUGUGUAUAGAGCUACUCAGAAAAUGUUAUUUGCCUAACAAAACACAGUUAAAGGAGACCUAUCAUGCUAUAUUUGAAUAAUAUAUUGUAGGGCCAUACAUAUAUAAGGUAUAUUUAUACGUUUUUUUUCAAAAUACCA